CAGUCUGACGUAACCAGAAUCUCAAAGAUGGCGGCGUUGGUUGCACCUCGCCUGGCCAUUUUUGGCUGCUUUUCAACAAGGCCCAUUUCAGUGUUUGCUGUUCAACAGAAGAGUCUGCACAGCAGUGCAAAAAGCGAGAAUACCACCACGACUGUGGUUCCAGUCAGAGAGAAGAGCACGGCAGUGGCCGCAGCCAAACCAGCAGCUGUAGCCAGCAGCAAGGGGGAGUAUGUCAUCACUAAGCUGGAUGACUUGGUUAACUGGGCACGCAGGAGCUCUCUGUGGCCUAUGACCUUUGGCCUGGCGUGCUGCGCGGUGGAGAUGAUGCACAUGGCGGCGCCUCGUUACGACAUGGACCGCUUCGGAGUGGUGUUCAGAGCAAGUCCCCGACAGGCUGAUGUCAUGAUAGUGGCAGGAACACUGACCAAUAAGAUGGCUCCAGCUCUGCGGAAGGUGUACGACCAGAUGCCAGAGCCCAGAUACGUCAUUUCAAUGGGAAGCUGUGCUAAUGGAGGGGGCUACUACCACUACUCCUACGCUGUUGUCCGAGGUUGCGACCGAAUCGUACCAGUGGACAUUUAUGUUCCAGGUUGUCCUCCCACUGCAGAGGCUCUCCUCUACGGCACUUUACAGCUGCAGAAGAAAAUCAAGCGUGAGAAGAAGAUGAAGAUCUGGUAUCGGAAGUGAAUGUGUUAUAUGCGUGUGUGUCUGCUAUGUAAAUGUUGUAUUUCUGGUUUCAUUUGGAGCACUGCUCCUCCUCCAUGUAGAGCUGCAGGAACUCAAUAAAAUCGUUGUUGUAAUUUACUCACAGUGCACUGCUGCUUGUUUUCAACCAAACACAGCAGCGGCCACUCGGUUCAGUUUUUCUGCUCCUUUUUAGUUCAGUAUGAAUAUCUGGAGACUCUCUGUAACAGGAAGCACAUGUAAACUUGUUACCCGCAAAGUUUGUGCUUGUGUUAGAAUUUAAACCACAGUUUAAAUCAUAAGUCAUCUUUACUCAAGUAGCCAUAUGCAUUAGUUUUUUUUCUCAAUUUCAGUUACAAACUCUCACUCAGUCAUGACCAUAAGAUAAGAGUGUCAUCCUACAUUAUCUUACUAUAUAUUGUUUUGAAUAAACUGGGCUCACAUGAAAAUACA